GCAUCUCUUCAUCCCAAUUGUGCUGCGGCACAGAGAGUCUCUCUUAGGUUUCCCCUUUCAAAAAAAAAAAAAAAAAAAAUCUCCCCAAGAAAAAUUUUGAAUUUCAAAUUCAUUUACAGUCCCUCCGCCGACGAUGGACCAAGAUUCCGGCAUCGAUCGGGUGAAAGGCCCCUGGAGCCACGAUGAGGACGAGCUCCUGCAGCGGCUCGUGCAGCGUCACGGCGCGCGGAACUGGUCGCUGAUCGCGAGGUCGAUUCCCGGCAGAUCCGGCAAGUCCUGCCGCCUCCGGUGGUGCAACCAGCUCUCGCCGCAGGUGGAGCACCGCCCCUUCACGGCGGAGGAGGACGAGAUCAUAACGGACGCCCAUUCGAGGUUCGGGAACAAGUGGGCCACAAUCGCCCGCCUCCUCAGCGGGCGGACCGACAACGCCGUCAAGAACCACUGGAACUCGACGCUCAAGAGGAAACACUCCGCCGCCUUCUCCGACGACGAGCGCGAGCAUCAGCCGGAGAGGAAGCCGGCCGGAGGUCAAACCGUGACGUCCCGUGAAAUCAGUCCGUCGCAAUCCGGAUCUGACGUCAGCGACGCUGGCAUCCCGAUGGUGGCGGCGCCGCCACUCCAGUUCGCGCGUCCGCCUCCUUCGAUUGAUAGCGAAGCCGAAGUUUCUACGGAACUGACUUUGUCUCUGCCGGUGAAGAAAUCGGGGGGAUUUUUGCCAAUGCAGGGAUGCGGCGGGGAGGAGGUGUCGACGAAGAAAUCUGGUUUCGAGACGGCGUCGUUUGGGGAAGGAAUGCGGGCUGUGCUUCAAGAGAUGAUAAAGAAGGAAGUGAGGAAUUACAUGGACGGGAAAGAAGGGGAGGGGAUUAGAAAUGCCUUGAUUGAGCGAAUUCAAAUCGGCAAUUUUAUUUGAUUUCAUUUAGUUUAAUCGAGUUUUCUUAAUCAUCUCCGAUGAAUUUUGUUUUGGCCGUGUACAAAAAAUUAGAAGGAAAAAAUGUAAAAGAUGAGGAGAAAAAAAAAGUGAUAACUUAUUUUCUUUCUUUGUUUAUUUAUUUAUUUAUUUAUUAUAACACAGGAAAACAGUGAACAAACAACUGGAUGCACAGCUGUGGUGUUAAUUUAGUUUAUUUUAUGUGUCUAGUAAUUAGUGAACCGUAAUUCUUUUGAAAGAGCCUCAGAUGGAUAGUACGGCCUGUGUGUGGGGCAACACACAUCGAACAUUGUAUGCUUGAGCGAUCUGGUAAUUCCAAUCCUUUCAACACAGCAUAUUUGCUUACGCUUUAGUUGAUGAAGAACGAACUCUAGUUCCACUCGAGCAUAACAAAAUUAUCGGUGAUUGUUAGCGAGAACGAUAUUAUGUGUUGUCCACCGGCAAAAAUCAUGUAAAAACCACUCAUCACAAUGAAACUACAAAAUACAU